GACAGUCGUUUUAAUCGUAUUACGCGUUUUUGUUUUAUUUAAUGACAGUUUUUUUUGUUAGUGAGAGUUAAUCGCGGUCUUCCCACUCGGCUAUUUCAAAAGACAAAGAAAUGGACGAGCACAGGUCACAUGCACGUAUUGGGACGAGAGUGAAUGCACUGUUGGAAAGAAUUCACCCACGCUCAGCGCGUCGACCUUGAUCUGCUGCUGCUCACGUCCGACAUUUAUCUUUGUCUUUAUGCCGAAGGUCGUCGUUUCCGGGUGAUUAGGCAAACUUUGCAACGCACCCGAGAGCUGGUCCAACUCGUUUAAGCAUUGUGAGUGUGGAGGAAUGGACGAUGAGAUUAGGGCUCAACUCCGGAAGUGGUCGCGAUGACUCGGAUGUCGAAAUAGUCGGUGCUUGGGACCACAGAUAUGUAUACGGUUGGGACGGUGCGAAACCGUUCAUCAGGGGGGAGUGGCUGGUCAUCGUUACCUCAGUUUAACACCGUAAGAAGACUCCUACUCUUGAGAACCAAAGUUUGACCGGCGAGCGUCAUCUCUUUCUUUGUAUUUUACCGAGCAAAGCUCCGACUCAGUCUCCUGUGCAUGUUCCUUGAUGUCCUCCUGAGUCUUCAACAGACUCCUCCUGUUUCUCUGCAGCCCUUGUCCGUUCUCCGUCUUCACAGUGAAUGACCUGGGACCCACUUCGCUGAGGACAGUUGCCUUUCUUGUCCAGGAAUCAGGAUCCUCGAUUCUUACAACAUCCCCUUUCUGAAGAGCCUGCAACCCAUCAGGAGUUCACCAGGGGAUGCUCCAUACUCCAGAGAUACCGCCCUGUAGCUUAGCAAAGCCAGACCUCAGGAAUCCGAGAUGGGCUCUUGUGCUGAGAUUGAAGCGGUAGAAAUAAUUGACGGCAACAUCACAAGUGAGAAACACCAGAUGUCCAAGGCUUUGUCAUCUGAUGACAGCGAAAACCCAAAAGGCAAUACACAACAAACUCUAACUUCAAACAAAAGAGGCAUACACUCUUUGGAAAAUACCUCAGGAGACUUUGCAAUGGUUUCACCAGUGCCAGACUCUGGUAUUCCACUACCAGAGCAGCAAUUUUUUUUGGAUUCUGUGACUGGAUCACCACAACUUCCUUUGUGUGUAAAAAGAACUUGUGUAAAAUUGAAAAGGUCUUUAUCUGAAGUCCAUGAACUGGAAAAGUCAAGGUCUUUAGUUUAUUUAACAAAGGAGUCUCAGCAAUUGUCAGGGUGCCCUGAAAAUUUUGAUAACAGCAGUAUGGCACCAGAAUACAUGGUUUCAAGGAGCACUAACUAUUCUAAUGAAACACAAUUAAACUUUUCAGUGGAAAAGUUGCAAGACUUGGUUGAAACCCCUCAGGUCUGGGGACAGGCUGUGGACAGUAAGGAAAAGGGAUGCACUCAAUUCCAUGUGGAUGAUACAAACUCUCUCCUCUUGCAAAACCGGGCAAGCUCCAACUGCAUUCUCAACAACCUUCCCUUGUCUGUUCCAAAAACUGAAGACUUAGGUGAUAGUGAUGAUCUGAGCGUGGACAGUCCAGUGGAUUUUGACUGGCGAUGGGAGAGUGAUGUGGAGGAAGAGAAUGGGGAGUGUAAAAAUGAGGUGAAGUUCAGGAGUACCAGUCGAGAGGAGAGGCGUUUUGUGUGCCCAGUGACACUCAGGAAACUAAUAGCUGCACCAGUUCAAGGCCUGGAUGAUAAUGUAGAGAUGGAUGAUGGCUUUGGUGCUCCCAGGCAGCUUUGCCAGAAGAACCUGAGCUUGGUUUAUAGUACCAUUGAGGAGCAAUACUCAGAAGGCACUCUGCAACUGCUGUCUGACCUGCUACAGCCUGGCUUCUACCCCCCCAAGGACAUCACCUCCCAUCUCCUGCAAGGCAUCUUGCUUGAUCAUCAGUGUCCCCUGCAGUUCUGUGUGCAGGCCUUUAAUCUGUUGAUGACAACACAGAGAUACCACAUAGCUGACACUAACACUGUUCCAUGGGACUGGGAGCUGUUAACCUCAGUUGUGGCUAACCAGGACAAUUCCAAAGGACACUGCUGCGAGGUUGUACGCAUGCUGUUGGAGUAUGUUGUGCAGACUCUAGAAGAUGACUACCAGGUCCAACUGUCUCACUCUGCCCUCCAGCAAUCUGUUGCCAAGGCAACAUUGUCUUGUUACUUGCACUUUGAUCGAGUCAGAGAUGUCAUAAGAUGGCUGUUUGCUGCCAUCAUGAAGUCAACAGUAUCUGGGGAAGGAGAAGAAUUAGCCAGAGAGAGAGAUGAAUAUAUCAGGAUGGUGUCCAUCUUUCAGAGAAUGCUGUCUUUGGCACUGGAGGUAGACUGCAGUCCAACUCUCAGCUCUGUCAAGCUGUCUCAGGAGCUUUUUCAAAUGUUCAUCUACUUUCUGCCAUUGCGAGCUCACAGGAUGCUGUUACUGGAGAGCUUGAAGAGCAAACUGCUGAGCUGUAAGCUGUUAGAAUAUCUAUUGGACUAUGCCUGCCCACAGAAAAUUCAUCUGCCCAUGUCACUCAGUCUGUUGCUUAAUUUUCUGAAGAAUUGCACUCUCAAACCAGACCCCGAGGAUGGUGCAGAAAGGUGGAAGAAGUGGGAUGAGUUGGUCCAACUCCUCUGGAUGUUGCUGCUAAGCUACAACAAAGUGGUUAGAGGUCACUUGCGCUACCCAGUUACAGACCGAAAUCAUCACAGCGUGAUCCAAACGCCACAUGACAUUUUGUCCAGGCCUGCUGUUCGGGAAGCUGUGGAGUCUUUCCUGUCCAGAUCCCAGGCUGACAUUGGCAAUACCCUACCACCUCAUGUUGAGGAGUCUCUCACCUACCUACAGGAUCACCUACUAGAUGUCUGCCAGUGUUGAGCGGGUUGCUUUGUUCAAGUGACUUUUAAUUUUUCUUAUCCAUCGAUUCAUUAUCCUAACUGCUUAUCCUGCUCUCAGGGUCGCGGGGACGCUGGAGCCUAUCCCAGCAGUCAUUGGGCAGCAGGCGGGGAGACACCCUGGACAGGCCGCCAGGCCAUCACAGGGCCAACACACACACAUUCACACCUAGAGACAAUUUACUGCCAAUUCACCUGACCUGCAUGUCUUUGGAUUGUGGGAGCAAACCGGAGCACCCGGAGGAAACCCACGCAGACACGGGGAGAACAUGUAAACUCCACACAGAGGAUGACCCCCAAGGUUGGACUACCCCAGUGCUCGAACCCAGGACCGUCUUGCUGUGAGGCGACUGCGCUAACCACUGCAUCACUGUGCUGCCCCUGAAAUUCCUCAGUACAAAACCCGAUCAAGUUUUACUUAUUUUCUUUAAAAAGUUCCAAAGAGCAUAUUGAUUUUUAUAAUUAUAAUUAAGUUAUUUUACCCAUAAAUUAUUGUGGGUCCUUUUAUAUUUUAUUGUGGGUCCUGUUUAAUUGUUUGAAUAAAACAAGUUCAUUUGAGAUCAAACCGAUUCAGUUUCUCUAUCAAUAAAUAUUUUGUCAGUUAAGUGUAAUUACCUGUAAUUUAUCAUGAAUCCCAUCAGCUCAAAAUUCAUUUCAGGUUCAAAGCUAAUGAAACCGAUUGAGCUUGUAUAAACUAAAGUUGCUACUAAGGAUGCUGAUGGACAAUGCGUAAUUAUAAAAAAAUUUUUAAAAAUGAGCCGGCAGCAUGCAUCAAUCUAUCCUUUGGUCGCGUGUAUGCACCUGUGGUUUCUGCACUAGAGGUAAAUCAUGGAGGUUCAACUGAUGUUAAAAUAAAUAAAUAAA